CUUUUGUUUCCCUUUUUACCAGCUAAUUUCGGCUGGUUUGCUCCUUUUAUUCAUACCAAUAUCUCGUAAUUUUUACUCACAAUAUGGACGAUCACACCAUUGAGCAAAUGCGCCACAAUGGUCUCAUCUACAAAAGGACGCUGGAGCGCAUUAUCGACAAGUAUUCAAAACUGAAGUAUGAGGAUGGGGGCAUCGAGGUGGACCUGGAAACUACAGACAUGACAGAUCUGGGGCGCUACAUGAAUCUGUCAAAGAAGAAUCUGUCCAAGCUGGAGUCAAAGAGCCAGACAGAUUUAAGAGAACAUGCGCUAAGAGCUCAAGAUAUUACAGGAGACAGUCAGUUGGACUACUCGCAUCGGGAUCAUGGAGCUGAUGAGACUGACAUUUCUUCUGUGGAGCCUAAUGAGAUGUCUGUACGUGACAGUAUGCAGCUGAAUGCCAGCUCUUUGGAUGAGAGUCAGAUGAACUCUUCUGAGACUGAGCUCCAGCCCGAGGAUCAGGAUGAGGAGCUAGAAAAGUCUCUGAGUAGUCAAGGCAGUUCUUUAGUGGAGCUGUAUCCCAGCAUGAUCAGUCAAAUAGGGAAGGCGUGGCAUCGCCAGCAUGUGUCUGAGGCUGCUGACUCUGUGCUGAGGAGGUACCGUAGAUUGCGAUGGCAGUCUAAUAGAGGCAACUUAAACCGCACUUUCAAUGUCACACUGAGACACACCAACAGUAACCCAAAGAUGAUGAACACCAAAGCUGUGCUCAGCAGACCUUCCAGCAGCUCUCAGAGCAGGGACUUCCCAAGAAUACCAACUAAAAGGAGUGCCAGUGUCCCUCAGUCUCCCUCGCACACUGUAACCAGCCUGCAGGACUGGCACACUGAGAAGCAGUCUCCUAGGAGGCAGCACUCGCUGAAAAAAGAUCUACAUCGGCCUGUCCUGGUGAUGGAUUUCUCUUCCUCUGGGAUCUUGUCUGAACAGGACAGUUAUGAGCUAAAGGACAACUCCUUGAACCAGACCUUCACCAUGUCUCAAGUGUCCGCUCAUUACUCGUCUUCACAGCAGAGACAAAACCCCAUUACUCUCACUGCCAGUCCCAGAAAACCUUGCUGUCCCACAACUGGUACAUCCAUGGAUCCAUCUUUGCGGUCUGAUCAUCUUUCCCUCCCCUCAAACACAGUUCAGAGGGUCGGUUGUCCCAUGUAUGUAACAGAAACUUCCACAGACAGUGCCAGUGUCCAUUACUCUCCAGUCAGGCAAGGUUCUUUAAGAACAAGGCUGAUGACAAGGGAAGGCCAUAGUGGAUCACCUCUAGCUUACACUCUUAGCAGAAGCCCAAGGUCAGACACUGUGGGAAACUUUUCCAGAGAGUCUAAGAAACCCAGAUCUCUGUCUGCAUCUCCAUCCUCCCCUUUACACAAGUCUACCAUGCUACCAAGGAGGCUCUAUCUUCAAGACUCACAUGUUUUCUCCCAACCAAAACCCAGCUCACCGCAGUCAUCCUCAGCAGCAGGCCAUCAUAGGUUCCAGCGACGCCUUUCCUUUGACUCGGCCUUCCUGCCAAGCAGUGUUUCUUACCCCCCCAGGGAGCUGGAGGAUGAGUUUCAGAAACUCUACCACAGGUUUGUCUGCCAGGGUAAAUCAUCUUUCUCUAAUGGCCGCCCCUGCCGUGUGUGUGCCAGGAGCUCUGAGGUCAGCAGGGGGCACUCUUCCUCAGCUUUGGCAGCUCUGGCUUUGUCUCCCCACCGCUCUGUUCUAAGGAAGCGACACAGGGAGUUGGAGUGGGACAGCCGUCCCCAGUCCAAACGCCUCAGGAAUGGGCACUUGGCAUACUCCCCGGGGUCCCGACGCCAUGGGAAAGAAAUGCUCAAACACCUUCUCUCUCCCACUGGUGUGGGUGCUGUCAUGGCUCCGGCAUGCAGCAUCCAGCAGCCCUCAGACACCCAUCAGGAAGGCUGGAUGACUCAGGCCCAGCUGCUGUCUUCAGAGGUUUUGGGUGGUUCACCUGGCAAAGCAAAAUGGCAAAGUAGCUGUUCUCCCAGGAGGCUGCUGAACACCUUUGGCCAAAGAUCCUGUCCACGUCACCUGUUCAGCCGCUGCCAUUGUACACCUGUGUUUGAAAACUAAUUGUUCCUAAUGUAAGAAAUAUAUUGGUGUAAAAAGUUAUUUGUAGCAGUUGUGGGUGUAGGUCUACCUUUGUAUUAAUCACAGUUGAACUGUUUUAUAAUGGAUGUUAAAUUGUAAAGAAUUAAUUUGAUCCCAGAGUUGUUUUUGGCUCAUGGUCCAGAUUUUUCUCCUGCUGUAAUGCCUUACCAACAUUUUAUUAAAACUAAUCAUUUUAUCUUGAGGUCACUGUAAUCAUCAUCAUGCUGAUUUCUUGUAAUGUCUUUUUUAUUGUUAAAAUAAACAUCUUUAUAUUAGGUUGCA